AUGAGCGAAACUGCACAAGUAAAGGUCCGUUUCUUCACGCGAGAACAAGAUGACUCGCUUCAGAUCGAAGACACGGCUCUUUUCGCGCCCGUAACACUGAAGAGAUACGGUUUGUCGGAAAUCGUUAACCACCUGUUGAAACUAGAACAAGCCGUUCCGUUCGAUUUCCUCAUAGACGGUGAAUUGCUUCGCACAUCCCUAGACGAGUAUCUCACGAAGCAGGGUCUUUCCUCGGAAUCGCUCUUGAAUUUGGAAUAUACGCGUGCGGUGCUUCCUCCGUCGUAUCUAAGCAGUUUCAACAACGAGGACUGGGUCAGUGCUGUUGACGUUGGUGGGUCUCAAAUUGUGACUGGUGCGUACGACGGUGUCGUACGCACAUACAAUCACUCGGGGAAGGUGGAGAAACAGUACGGUGGUCACACUGGCGCCAUUCGCGCUGUGAAAUAUAUCUCAGACACCAGGAUCGUUUCUGGCGCCAACGACCGGACACUUCGGCUAUGGAAAACCAAAAACGAGCAAAUCAGCAAUGGCGCCCUCAAUGACGAUGCCGAUGAUGUUGAAGAAGGUAAAACGCUCGCCAUCUUGGAAGGCCACAAGGCACCUGUCGUUUCUGUCGCAGUUUGCCAGGAUAGAAUCAUUUCCGCAUCUUACGAUCGUUCGCUUGCGUUAUGGUCUACCAAUUUCAAAGACAUGAUGGCAAUCGAUAUCAACGACGCCCUCGGAAACGGUGUUUCUUAUGCUGCGAAAAAAAGAAGAAGGCUCGCCUUGAAAGAAGGUUCCGUCAGAAGACGUGCGCCGCUUUCGAUCAUGGAUUCACAUAACGCACCCGUCGAAGGUGUCAUCUUUGAUGCUCGUGACAACACAAUUGCGUAUUCUGCAUCCCAGGACCAUUCCAUUAAGACCUGGGACUUGGUUUCUGCGAGAUGUGUCGAUACCAAGACUACUUCAUAUUCGCUUCUCUCCAUUGCGCAAAUGACAAAUUUGAAUCUUUUGGCAUGUGGCUCGAGCGCAAGGCACAUCACGUUGCAUGAUCCUAGGGUAAAUUCCUCUUCAAAGAUUACUCAACAACAACUAAAUGGUCAUAAAAACUUUGUCGUUUCCCUGGAUACUUGCCCAGAGAAUGAUUAUUUACUCUGCUCAGGAUCUCACGAUGGAACUGUAAAAGUAUGGGAUGUGCGGUCUAAUACGGCGAUGUACACCAUCACUCGAGAAAGUGACGUUGUAAAAGGCGUCAACGACAAGGUAUUUUGCGUCAAAUGGGCCAAGAACGUUGGCAUCCUCAGCGGUGGUCAAGACAAGAAACUACAGAUCAACAAGGGUGACAAUAUUUUUAAGAACUAG